AUUUCAGUCGCAUGGCACUUCGCGCGGGAAAUCGCGACCCGAAAUCUCAUGGGACUCCAACAUUUUCAUAGCCACGACUAAUCAUCAAAAACUCGAGAGCUCUUUUCUAUUAUUCUGUCAAAACGGAAGACGUUAAAAAGCAUUUCCCAUGUUGUAUUUGAUCGUACUUUCCAGCUGAAAUUUUGCAUCACGACCAAAUAUAGAUCCAUCCAAAUAUGGCCAGUUUAAAAGGAGCGAAUAUCUAGACAUAUUGAGCGCUUCCGAUUGGCUAGCUAGUAUUGUUGUUUAGACUAAUUGUCAAAAAUGGUGAAGAGAUUAUCAGCCAUUGGUUUCUUUGUCGCGGAUGAACCAAUCACAAUUCGAGAUUCAGAUCGUAUUGAAAGGGCCAUCACGUAUGGAGCGCAUCUAAUUUCCGCGAUCGAUUUACCGUACAUGCGCCGCAUCGCUCAGCACACUAGCUUUGAGUGUAUUGUGUCACACAGAUUAUAUAUUUGGCAAAUUCCUGUGCUGCAGUAGGUUGUAGCAGGGCCCACACUGCCUUCUUCUUAUCAAAGUCUUCUACAAUCACUCGCCAUGGAUCUCCAUUCCCCGAUUCCUUCUUCUACGAUAUUCGUAGAGCUUCAAACAGUUCAUGACACGGGCUAUUUCUAUUCUUUGCCGUCACUGGAGGACGAUUGGGCUCAGACUCGACUGGAAAUGGAUCGAUAUUUGUGCCCAGAACCCACAACUGCGGAAAACAAGGAUCCAAACUUAGGGACUCCUACACCAUGGAAUGAAUUUCUAUUACCAUUUGACGAAUCGACGUUUCCUUUCGGUGACGAUUGGGAUAUCAAGCCGAUUGAUUUGAAUUCACCACCGAGAAUGCCCUCUGUUCCUACGGUUUUACCCGAGACUCCUACAGAAUCGAGACCUUGUGUGGAAAUGACGGUAAAACCCCUCAAGAUCAAAUUACCCAUUCUCGUCUCUGGAGAUCUUAGUAAAGUUCCAAAACCCGUUUUGCCUCUGACUCCACCGAGUUCUCCAGAGUCUCCCGUACCGUCGAUCGUAGUUCAACAGCGGGCAUCAAGACCGGUUUCGCGCGGUCCGCGUAGCAAGAGCACUUCUAAUACUGGAAGUCGAGCGACUAGUCCAAAGGACGGAGCGGAGAGCAAAAGACGCGUGCAUAGAUGUCAAUUCAGUGGCUGUCGCAAAGUUUAUACAAAAAGCUCACAUCUAAAGGCUCAUCAACGGACUCAUACAGGAGAAAAGCCUUAUAAAUGUUCGUGGGAAGGUUGCAAUUGGAGGUUUGCUCGCUCCGACGAAUUAACCCGCCAUUACAGAAAACACACUGGAGCUAAACCAUUCAAAUGCGUGCAUUGCGACCGAUGUUUCUCGAGAUCUGAUCAUCUUGCACUACACAUGAAAAGACACGCGUAGCGAAGGGCGCCUAGAUCGAUUUUUACAAUUUAGAAUAAGACUCGGAGGCUUGCUAUUGUGGAGGAUGAGAAUAUUUCCAUAAAUGAUUCAAAUCCGGCACCACAGGUGCGGAGCGAGGAAUAGUAAAUCCAGCGAGGUAAUGGCUAAGAUUGUACGACCACGCUCAGAACAUGAGCUGUGAAGAGAUAUGUGUGAAGACACGGGAAAAGACCUGCUUCCUAAAAAUAGACUUUAUUCAAUUUGCGAGGCCCGGACUUGAAGCCGAGUGGCAAAAUCAUUGUUUGCAUACACAUAUGCAAACGGAAGCGUAUAGUCUGAAAGGCUAGUAGCCAGAUUAUAAGGGGAAGAAUUGAACAUUUUGGUAGACGUAAAAUUGGAAAGUCUUGGGCUUUAGGAUAUUAUUUCAAUCGAAAUAGCGGACAAAAUAAAACGACUGUUCCCCUUAAGAACGGAGAACACUAGUAUAAAAUUCUAUUGAUGUAAAUAUAUAUUCUAGGGAAAACUUGAUGCAUUACAUUCAAAUUCAAAAUUGAAAUAACAACACAAAAAGAGAACAAAGUAUAUAAAAGUAAUGUAAUGAAUGUAUUCGUGCAUAAAGUCAAACGACUAGGAAUUAGAGAUGUACAUAGAACUAUAUUAAAAUUGAAUAUGAA